AUGUGGAGCCGUUGUAUCUGGUUUAUGUAUCCGGUGAAAAUUUUCUAUUUUAUAUUCAUCUGUAGGUAUUUCUGGUAAAACUUCUUCAAAUAAAUUGUUUAAAUAUUCUCUCAAUUUUUCAUUGGAGAUUUCUUCAGAAACACCUCUUACUCUGAUGUUUCUUUUUCUUGACCUAUCUUCCAAAGCUGCUAUUUUAUUUUCAAGAUUAUCAACUUUAUUUACUAGAAACUGCACCUCCGUAUUAAUUGCUUUAAUUUGCGUUCCAAACACUUCACAUUUUUUUUCAACUUCCACCACUGAUACUGCAACAUUUUUAAUUUCUUGUUUUAUCUCAUUGAAACUUACAAGCAUUUCUUGUUUCAAUAAAUUUAAUUGUAGUUCCAGCGUUUGCUUAAAUUGAUCUUGGAUACUAAUUGAAGCAAUUGCUUGAGCUUCUGAUGGAAAUUGAUUAAGUGCAACUUCUUGGAUAAUAUUGGAAGUAUUACUUGGGUGUGUCUUACUAUCAAUUAUCUGUUCCUGCGGAUCUUUAAUAGGAUCUUUAAUAGGAGUUGCAAAAAAACCUGACAACCUCUUUUCUGUUUGUUGAACUGACUUAAUUUCUUUUUUUUUUUCCGUUGUUUUCCUGGUUGACAUUUUGUUUUAUUUCUUAAAUGCUUCUCAGUGACAAAUUAAAACUAGAUGUCACAUAUAAAAUUUCAACUCCAAGCUCAAAAAACUAGAUUAAAUCAAUUGGUCAAAUAAUUGAUUCUUGAUGUCAAUCUCCUCCAACGAGGAAAAAAAAAAAAAAAAAAGAUUUUCUUCCACUUUUCUUUUUCCAGGCCAGUAAUUAUAUACAGGUAUGAUGCCUUACAGUCAUAUUUUUUAGUAAAUACAGAAGUACUCACAGUUUUUUAUAUAUGGCUGUUUAGGAGAUCACUGAGGGAUGUAUUUCCUCUUUUUCCCUUUAUUUCUCUCUUAUUCUUUCCUUCUUUGUAUCCCUUUUUUCUUCUUCUUUUUUUUUUUUUCGUUUUUUUGCUUGAUAAUUUAUACAGGAAUUUAUACAGGAACUGUUUUUAUUUCUUCCUUGACCUUUUUAACGGUCUAUAAGGGAAUCGCCACUAUUUGCCACUAUUUGCCCAAAAACGGAGGCAAAAACGGAGGCAACAAACCCCCAGCAAGAACCGGCAUAUACCACCACGCCAGACCAGGUCCACCGACCCACAAAAUCUUCACCGGACCGAGCACUCCCUCCACUUCGUCUAAGCCGGACCACACUCACAAAUCGGCACGGAGCGGCAUUGCUUGCUCUCGACUCCGCGUCCUCUCUCCUCAGCCUCCCUCCGGACACGCCCACCUAAGGCACGUGCGGCGUCUCACGUCAUCACGUCCCGGUCCCUCAACGCAAUAUCGGCUGUAACUUUACACCUACAAUUGUGGUUGAAUAGAAUUUCCACAUAAAAAGCCACAUGUAUUAUGAUGUUUGUGUUCUGCAUCUGAACAGAUGGUGAUAUUGUGAAUCAGGAAAUAACAGCAGAGAAGGAGAGAAGUCUAAAAGCCGGUGGGAAUGACUAUCAGGACCUUCCAGAAAAGAAUAUACAUGAAGAUAUAUGUGCAGGUCAGUAAUAUGCUUUAUAUUAAACACACUUUACAUUAAAGCUCAGUGAUAUGCUUUAUAUUAAACACGUUACAUUAAAGCUCAGUGAUAUGCUUUAUAUUAAACACGUUACAUUAAAGCUCAGUGAUAUGCUUUAUAUUAAAUACGUUACAUUAAAGCUCAGUGAUAUGAUUUAUAUUAAACACGUUACAUUAAAGCUCAGUGAUAUGCUUUAUAUUAAACACACUUUACAUUAAAGCUCAGUGAUAUGCUUUAUAUUAAACACACUUUACAUUAAAGCUCAGUGAUAUGCUUUAUAUUAAACACACUUUACAUUAAAGCUCAGUGAUAUGCUUUAUAUUAAACACACGUUACAUUAAAGCUCAGUGAUAUGCUUUAUAUUAAACACGUUACGUUAAAGCUCAGUGAUAUGCUUUAUAUUAAACACGUUACAUUAAAGCUCAGUGAUAUGCUUUAUAUUAAACACAUUACGUUAAAGCUCAGUGAUAUGAUUUAUAUUAAACACGUUACGUUAAAGCUCGGUGAUAUGCUGUAUAUUAAACACACGUUACAUUAAAGCUCAGUGAUAUGCUUUAUAUUAAACACGUUACGUUAAAGCUCAGUGAUAUGCUUUAUAUUAAACACGUUACGUUAAAGCUCAGUGAUAUGCUUUAUAUUAAACUCGUUACAUUAAAGCUCAGUGAUAUGCUUUAUAUUAAACAUGUUACAUUAAAGCUCAGUGAUAUGCUUUAUAUUAAAUACGUUACAUUAAAGCUCAGUGAUAUGAUUUAUAUUAAACACGUUACAUUAAAGCUCAGUGAUAUGCUUUAUAUUAAACACGUUACGUUAAAGCUCAGUGAUAUGAUUUAUAUUAAACACGUUACAUUAAAGCUCAGUGAUAUGCUUUAUAUUAAACACACUUUACAUUAAAGCUCAGUGAUAUGCUUUAUAUUAAACACACUUUACAUUAAAGCUCAGUGAUAUGCUUUAUAUUAAACACGUUACGUUAAAGCUCAGUGAUAUGCUUUAUAUUAAACACGUUACAUUAAAGCUCAGUGAUAUGCUUUAUAUUAAACACAUUACGUUAAAGCUCAGUGAUAUGAUUUAUAUUAAACACGUUACGUUAAAGCUCGGUGAUAUGCUGUAUAUUAAACACACGUUACAUUAAAGCUCAGUGAUAUGCUUUAUAUUAAACACGUUACGUUAAAGCUCAGUGAUAUGCUUUAUAUUAAACACGUUACGUUAAAGCUCAGUGAUAUGCUUUAUAUUAAACUCGUUACAUUAAAGCUCAGUGAUAUGCUUUAUAUUAAACAUGUUACAUUAAAGCUCAGUGAUAUGCUUUAUAUUAAACACUUUACAUUAAAGCUCAGUGAUAUGCUUUAUAUUAAACACACUUUACAUUAAAGCUCAGUGAUAUGCUUUAUAUUAAACACGUUACAUUAAAGCUCAGUGAUAUGAUUUAUAUUAAACACGCUUUACAUUAAAGCUCAGUGAUAUGCUUUAUAUUAAACACGUUACAUUAAAGCUCAGUGAUGUGCUUUAUAUUAAACACUUUACAUUAAAGCUCAGUGAUAUGCUUUAUAUUAAACACGUUACAUUAAAGCUCAGUGAUAUGAUUUAUAUUAAACACGCUUUACAUUAAAGCUCAGUGAUAUGCUUUAUAUUAAACACGUUACAUUAAAGCUCAGUGAUAUGCUUUAUAUUAAACACGUUACGUUAAAGCUCAGUGAUAUGCUUUAUAUUAAACACGUUACAUUAAAGCUCAGUGAUAUGCUUUAUAUUAAACACAUUACGUUAAAGCUCAGUGAUAUGAUUUAUAUUAAACACGUUACGUUAAAGCUCGGUGAUAUGCUGUAUAUUAAACACACGUUACAUUAAAGCUCAGUGAUAUGCUUUAUAUUAAACACGUUACGUUAAAGCUCAGUGAUAUGCUUUAUAUUAAACACGUUACGUUAAAGCUCAGUGAUAUGCUUUAUAUUAAACUCGUUACAUUAAAGCUCAGUGAUAUGCUUUAUAUUAAACAUGUUACAUUAAAGCUCAGUGAUAUGCUUUAUAUUAAACACUUUACAUUAAAGCUCAGUGAUAUGCUUUAUAUUAAACACACUUUACAUUAAAGCUCAGUGAUAUGCUUUAUAUUAAACACGUUACAUUAAAGCUCAGUGAUAUGAUUUAUAUUAAACACGCUUUACAUUAAAGCUCAGUGAUAUGCUUUAUAUUAAACACGUUACAUUAAAGCUCAGUGAUAUGCUUUAUAUUAAACACUUUACAUUAAAGCUCAGUGAUAUGCUUUAUAUUAAACACGUUUCAUUAAAGCUCAGUGAUAUGAUUUAUAUUAAACACGCUUUACAUUAAAGCUCAGUGAUAUGCUUUAUAUUAAACACGUUACAUUAAAGCUCAGUGAUAUGCUUUAUAUUAAACACGUUACAUUAAAGCUCAGUGAUAUGCUUUAUAUUAAACACGUUACGUUAAAGCUCAGUGAUAUGCUUUAUAUUAAACACGUUACAUUAAAGCUCAGUGAUAUGCUUUAUAUUAAACACGUUACAUUAAAGCUCAGUGAUAUGCUUUAUAUUAAACACGUUACAUUAAAGCUCAGUGAUAUGCUUUAUAUUAAACACGUUACGUUAAAGCUCGGUGAUAUGCUUUAUAUUAAACACGUUACGUUAAAGCUCAGUGAUAUGCUUUAUCAGUGAUAUGCUUUAUAUUAAACACGUUACGUUAAAGCUCGGUGAUAUGCUUUAUAUUAAACACACGUUACGUUAAAGCUCGGUGAUAUGCUUUAUAUUAAACACACAUUACAUUAAAGCUCAGUGAUAUGCUUUAUAUUAAACACGUUACGUUAAAGCUUGGUGAUAUGCUUUAUAUUAAACACGUUACGUUAAAGCUCGGUGAUAUGCUUUAUAUUAAACACGUUACGUUAAAGCUUGGUGAUAUGCUUUAUAUUAAACACGUUACAUUAAAGCUCAGUGAUAUGCUUUAUAUUAAACACACUGCGGAGUCUCCUUCGUCUCCAAAAUAGCAGCUGGUCUCCUCAAUGUCUCGAGCAAAAGGGCCAAACCAGCACUACCAGAGUUAUUCGCUAAACUGGGGACUGUGGAGAAUUGAAAACAUAAUUUUUCAUGUUAAGCCAAAGAAACUGAAUCGGAAAAGUUCACUUUGUGUUAGCUCAGCUACUAUGGUGAAAACAUUUCAAUUCUUAUCAGCCCUACAGAUUUCCCAGUUCAGUGAUUAAGCAAUUAAUUAAUUGUCGUUGAGAAAUGAGGCUUGUACAUAUAAUGUAAGCUUAAAGUCACGUCACCUGAAAUUUUAUUAAUUGGUUUUUAUUUUGUUUGGUUUAUUUUUUUAUUAGUUUUACAAUAAAUUAAUUUGCAGGCAAACAAGCACUAUUUGUUUCUAUUACUAUUUUUAGCACUUCUGAGGUACUCACUUUCAUUUUUUGCAUUUUUAGAUUAAUUAUCGUAUUGCAUUUUUUAAUAUUAAUUUUACACAUUUUCUCUGACACUUUCACCCUUCCUCUGCCUGUGCUGCCAUUUUGAGUUAUAUAUGCAAAACAGUGUGCCUUUGCUUAUCAUCUCAGCUGACACCACAGUACUUGUGGCUGUUUAGCUUUCCUGAGAUUAAAGGGACACUAUAGGCACCCACACCACUAAAUCUCAUUGAAGUGUCUGGGUGCACUGUCCAUGUCCCCUUUAGUCCUGCGUUGUAAAACAUUACAGUUUUUAAGAAACAGCCAUGCGUACAUUGCAGUACUAAGACAGCCACUAGAGGCACUUCCGCAAGUGUACCAGACUCUGGAUCUUUGCGACACUGCACGUCCUUACAAUCUGCAUGAUGUCGUCCAGCAUAAGUGAAAUCCCUAUAGGAAAGCAUUGAUUCAGUGCAUUCCUAUGGGGAAGGCUUAAUGCGCUCACCUCUCAUGUGCAUUGGUUCCCUCUUAGGUGACAUCGGAGGAGGUGAAGCACUAUUUAUCUGCCACAAGGGAAGGGCCGAAAGUACUGGGGGUCAGAGGGCACUAUAGAAUCCCUUUAAGUGAAGACUUCUGUGAAAAGUGCUGGGGCUGGCUUCUCCAUGGGAAACAAGUAACGUCAUCACUGUGUGAACACAAAGAAGCGUGGCAGCAAAGAGUGAUCUAGGAUCGGAUAACCGCUGUUUCGAACCCAAGAUCAAUGAAAAUGGCAGCACAGGCAGGGAAAGGGGGGAGGCAACAGAGAAAAGCAUAAUCACAAUGUAGAAAAUAUAGAAGAUUAUCAAAAAAGUCAUAACAUGAAAGUAAGUGCAUCGAACUGCAGGUUAUGUUUUUCCAUAGCACAUUUAAAUCUGUUAUGUAAUACUGUUGCUCAUAUUGUGUUGGUUCCUCACAGAGGUAUCUAGCAGCAGAUAUAAGACAGAGAACAAUCACAGCCCUCAUUAUUCAUCAGAUGACAUACUGGAAGAUAACAAGAUUACAUCAGAUUAUCAGGUACCAAAUCUCAUUCUUAAAAAGCAUUAUUUUAGCAGGUUUAUCCCAUCAUACACAAUUUUGCCUCUUUAUAAGUUACUGGUUAAGAAGAGCCCGCUAAAAUAGUUCAUGUGAAGAGGACUGUUGGUCCAUUGGAGAAAUUUCAUGUUAAUUUUCCUUUAUUUUUUUAAUAGCAGCAUUAAUACCAUUUUUUGAAAGACAGCAGCUUCUAACAGUAAGUAUUACUGGAGACACAUAAAGUCUAACAGAAUGUGACCUUCUUUUACAGAUGGAGCGGGAAGAUGAGAUAUUUCCGCUACGGUGUAAGCAAGAAGAAGACUCUACGGAAAUCAGCACAGGUAAGAUGGAAACACUCUGUUAAGAUUUUUUUUAAAUUUAUUUUACCAUUUUUAUUCAUUUUUGUUGGAUUGUAGCCCGGCCACAAUUCAACGUAAAUUUAAAAUAAAACAAGUCAGAAUUAGUCGUUAACAGUAACCCAUUCUCAGUUUAAAUAGAAUGUUUGCAAAGGGUGUUAAAGUAAAUUAGGAAAUAAAUUCAUACACACAAAUGCUGAGGGAAAGAUUCCAAAGCAAAUAUGACAUUCUGAAACAAAAAUGAAUAUUCAGGGAUUGUUAUCUCACCAAAAACAAAGGUCUUGUGGAGUCCAUGUCUCGACGCAUCAGAGCUGUUUUGGCAGCACCAGGGGGUUUUAAGGUGAUAUCUAAUCAAUAUAUGUGUGUGUGCAUCAUAUCAUUGAUUUCCUGGUUCAUGUGUACAAGAUGGUGGGAGGUGUUCAUGACUAAUUUCCUGAAUAUUAUUUAUCUUUUUAUAGACAUUUAAUUAUAAAAUUAUUUUUUACCGAACAGGCUUGUCCAUUACCUGGGAAUCCCAUCCAGAACAAAACGAUCUUUGUCUUUCUGCUCCAGAAUGUGGAGUGAGUGAUCAUGACAUUACCCAGAAUCUUUCAGAAUCAGACAGUAUAAGUGACCAAUUGUCCAGCGACACGAUGAGUAACCCUGUGAAUAUCCUCGAAAAAGAUUUAAAUCUCACAGACUUUGCCAAAGAAUCUGUAUGGACCGCAAAUUCACCCCUAGCUACUGAUUUAUGUAGCAAAGAAAACUCAGAUAUGCAGAAAAAUCCCGAGAGUUUGUCGGUAACAAUGUAUAAAUGUAGAGAGUGUGAAAAAAGCUUCCAAAAUGAGCUAGAUCUUAUCUAUCACCAAGGGACACACUGCACAGAGUUGAUCUACGCAUGUACCGAGUGUCAAGAAACUUUCAAUGACCAUUCAGAUCUGCUCGACCAUCAGACAGUCCACACGGGAAAGAAACUGUUCGUCUGCUUCGAAUGUGGAAAAUCCUAUACUCAGAGCGCCAAUCUUCUCGUACACCUUAGAUUUCACACCAGAGAAAAACCAUUUUCCUGCUCGGAUUGCGGCAAAUGUUUUACGCACAAAUCAACCCUUGUUAAACAUCAGAGAAUUCACACCGGGACGUUUGCGUGCUCUGAUUGCGGCAAGUGCUUCAGCCAGAAUUCAAAUCUUGUUGUGCAUCAGCGAAGUCACACUGGCCAGAAGCCGUAUGCAUGUUCGGACUGCGGAAAAUGUUUCAGCAAAAACUCAAAUUUGGUUAUACACCAGCGCAUUCACACAGGAGAGAAGCCAUUUGUGUGCUCGCAUUGUGGAAAGUCCUUUACGCAGUGCUCUAACCUCCUGACACAUCAGAGAAUCCACACAGGUGAAAGACCUUACAUAUGCUCUGAAUGCGGAAAAUGCUUUGCCCAGAUACCCCAUCUCAUUAAACAUCAAAAAAGCCACAAAUAAAGAG